AUGCUGUGAACUCAAGAAAAUACAAUAUUGCUUUCUUCUCUACGAAUCUUUCAAUAUUGAUGCCAGAAUCUCAAUUGGGUCUAUUUUAACUAUUUAGAAAAUUAUAAAUAUCAGUGCUCUAGUCUCGGUAAGGGACUUCUGAGGAAGUGGCACUGAAAUUUAGGCUUCUGAGUUUUGGUUUAUAAGAGAUAUACUCUUUUCGUUUUGUUUGUAAAAAUGGGCAAAAAGGAUUCAUCGAAAUAUGAAUCAAUAUUCGUAAGGGAUAAAAGAGCCGAAAUUUUCUUUAAAUGAAUCAGAGUCUUAAGUUUCAACCAAUAUUUAUGUUUAUUCAAACUUCGGAUCAAAUAUCUCACAAAAUUAGGCUGAAGAGCAAUCAGUAAAAGCCUAUUUGUUGAAAUUCCUCAAAAAAGACGAGAAAAAAAAGAGAAGUUUUACAACAUUCUGCACAGCUCUCAAUACCAAUUAUCCUCCAAACUCGAUUCUGAGAUGCUGCAGACUGCCAUCAGGAGAUGGGGCAGUCAUCUUCAAAAUAAAAUCAGUAUAUGAAAAUUUCACAAAAAUUAA